CAGUUAAACAUUUGCGCAUCAAUCCUUGAUAUAACUAUAAGGAAAGUCUGUGCAUCAGUGGGUGAUACACAGAACUCUGUGCAUCCCCUAAAGUGGAUUUGUACCUCUUUCUUCUUCUAUAUCUAUGGUAACAGUUGAUAUUUCAGCAGUGAUAGAGACUGGAACAUAACGGUGAUGACUCGACAACUACAAGAAGUACUAACCGAGGUGCUAGGACUGAGCACUCACCAGUGCAAUAUAGGCCUACGAGAUGGAACUGAAACAGCUGUUUGCUUGGUAAACAAGCACUGGUUGGAGCAACUGAUGGCAACUGGACGAACUACUGAUAUGGCAGUCACCCCUGAGCUGUCAGACUGUUUAGUUUUCUUGCACUCCUCUCAAACUCCUGUACAUCCCUGGUGCCGAAUAACUGUUAGAUGUAUUCCAAUAACAACUGGAUUCAUUGAGAUACCCAUGAUUGACAGUGAACAUGGCGUUGAUAUACAAGACAAUCUGUAUUCUUCUGCAAUGACUUAUGUUGAUCGCAUUAACUGCAGAAACCUGUUAAUGUCAGCCAUGAAUAAAUUUAAUCAGGAUGGGAACCCUGAAAACAAAGAAUACAAGGGACAUGAGGACUAUAUCACAGAGACUCUACGGUCGCUUUAUGAUGUCACUCCUAUCGAAGGGGAUAAGCAAUCAGACUUCCAGGCUCUACAACCAGGCAAUGUUCUUCAUCCCAACUUAUUGCCGCCAUUGAUUAUUCUGAGAAGCAGAGAUUGCUUGUGUUUGGUAUACCCUUACGUAAGACUUACACUGGAGAAUGCUGUACUGUUCUCGCCAGGCCUGUUUACAUCGUCCAAUGCCAAGCCGCUCUUCGUGUCCUACCAGCUGCUGCGCCUAUUACAAGCUUGUCACCUGCGACGCAUUACUGUUGGGAAUCUCACUCUCACUGACAUCGCGAUCACCGAUGUCUACUGGAUUCACACAAACGAGGCAAAUGUCUUCAGUAUACCAAUGUUACAGCGGCCUCCAAAUGGAUCUUGUGUGCCAGACCUAAUGCAGCUGUGGGUUGAAGGACUAGUUAGUAACUAUGAUUACCUCAUGGCACUAAAUCGCCUGGCUGGUCGACGAGCGGGAGAUCCUAACCACCAUCCGAUCCUUCCUUGGGUGUCCGACUUUACUUCACCAGACUCUGGGUGGAGAGAUCUUACACGUAGCAAGUUCAGGCUUAACAAAGGUGACAGGCAGCUAGAUCUUACAUACGAAGGUUUGCAGGCCACUCAGCUUCUCCAGCGUCACACAGGGGUAGCCACCGAGGCAGAGUGUUCUACCAUGCCACACCACGUUACAGACUUCCUCUCCGACAUAACAUACUAUGUUUAUAAGGCACGUCAGACAUCCAAGGACAUCCUGUGCAAGCACGUCAGAUCAAAGUGGGUGCCUCAUGAGUAUCCAUCGAGCAUGCAGCGCAUCUGGGAGUGGACGCCCGACGAAUGCAUUCCAGAGUUCUACACGGACCCUGCGAUCUUCCACUCAGUUCAUGAUGACCUCCCUGACCUCGAGGUGCCGCUAUGGUCUGAGAGCUGUGACGUGUUCGUGCACUGGCAUCGUGCGAUGCUAGAGAGCGCCGAAGUGUCUCAAUCCCUGCAUCACUGGAUUGAUCUCACCUUUGGCUACAAGUUGGCAGGCAAGCAUGCGGUGAAGGCGAAGAAUGUGUGCAGACACCUAGCCGAGCAGCGGCACACGAUGAGCAAUCAUGGCAUCGUGCAGCUGUUCACCGAGCCACACCCCAGGAGGAGCAGCAGAACGACUGCUGCACAUUUGGUUUUACUUGAAAACAAUCUCCAGGAGUGUGCUGUCGCAGCUGCUACUGUUGUCGAUUCAAUGAACAACGAAGGUAAAUCUCCGAAUAUGUCAGAUGAACAGAAUCAGAAUGGUUGUAUAAUGUUGCCGCCUGACUAUGAGCCGCUCCGAGCACUGGAUGAGGUGGAGAGGCUGCACAAGUUUACAAGUGCCUUGGCCGGAAAAGAGAUGAGAAAGCCCGAUGAUACAGAGACUUCUUGUGAAGACCACUGCCCCCUGGUCGGUGCAGGAAGCAUGAGAGACAUACAGGUGCUUGGCUGCCUCAUUGCGGAGCUGUUUCUUGGAGCUAGGAUGAAGGCAGCUGGAACCAAGCCUACGUUAAAGAGCAGGUGUGAGCUCAUCAGGAAACUAUACAGACACGAUCGCUUCAUCAUACCCAGGUGUUUUCACAGAGCAUUGGAAACCAUACUGCAGUUGGAUACUCCGCAUGUUUCGUAUGCUCACUGCGCUGAUGAUGUGGACGAUAUGUAUGCUGCACUGUUCAUGCACAAACCAAUGACUGAGAGUGACCUACCUCCCAUGCCCGGACAGUUGCUUCACCCCCUGCUCUCACCAUUCUUAUUCCCGUCGUAUUUCACUGAAUUGUACAGCAUUGUGCAGGACUGCUGCGCAUUCGACGCCUACACCAGCAUGCUCUAUUUCCCCGUGGCCCACGUGAAAGUCUCCUGUCGUCGCCUCGGCAGACUCCUCCCACUGCUGGAUGCCGAAGGAAUCGAGCUAGUUGUCCCGUACGUGGUGCGGCUGCUCGAGCAGAGGAGCACCGCUGCGUACUGUGCAUGGUCGCUACUGAACGUGACCGGUGAGGCUCUUGGCCCUCGCGACACCGCCCGCUAUGUGAUGCGCCACCUGGUGGCACUGUAUGACAGCGACUGCGCCACGAGCAAGCACGUCAAAUUCUAUCACCGCUCGUUCCUCCUGCAGCUGAUUGUGCGGCUUGGGCUUCAGUGCUUUCUCGCCAACUUCAGCACCCUGCUCGUAGAGGCCGUCAGUGGCUAUAAAGAUUACCAGGCGCCAGAGCAGGCCGGCACACCUAUCGGAACGAUGCGUCGUUCCGUGCCUGCUCAUCUCAUGCAGUCGUCUGUGAGCAUUGUCGAGGAGGAGAGUGAUGCAAAGUAUGAGGAGGAAUAUAAGAAGAGGGCCGACGUGGUGGGGGAGAGUCCCGGCGAUGCCUCCGAGUUUGCCGAUGACGCAUCUUCUCGGCUCGACGCGCAAGAAGAGCAGCGCGCAGCAGCUGUGACGGCAGUGUCCUGCACGCACACAUCAGCUAUCCACCGCACGGCCGACACGUUCAUCGACGACAUGAUCAUCGUGUACAAUGACGCUGAUGACUGCGAGAUGGCAAACGUCGAGUGCAUCUCGAUCCAUGGCGUGCCAAACAUUGCAGCGCAAGAGCGGUCAGCUGCCAACAUCAAUCGCACAGAGUCGAUGUACAACAUUGUGUGCGAUAGUGACGAGGGACUCUGUGGCGGUGAUAGCGGCGGUGGAGGACUCGACGAGCAACUGCCUGAUGACAUCAUCUUCUCACUCGAUCCCGAUUGGCUGUCGCAUGAUAGUAUCAUGAUCGAAAAGCAAGGUGCAGAGGAACAGGGAGGAGGAGGCGGGAAACGAGAUGUGCUUCCGCUGAUUGAGGUGCUCCAGGCCAUGCCGCCGACCAAGGCGGUCAGUAGGUUCUUAUUGCCAGGUGCGGUGGAAUACAACGUAUCGGAUGCAGCCACAGAGAGCGUGCUCUGGUUGGCCCAUAGACUUGGGCCAAUGCUAACGGCUAAGUAUCUAACACGUAACCUGCUGCACAUGCUCACUCUCUGCUACAUAGGAGAAGAACAGCUACAGUUUGCAGUCGGCAAAGCUGAUGGUCUUUCCGUGAGCAGCAGGCUGGUAGUUGGAGAUGAGAAUGCAAGAAAGAUUCUGGAAUGUCUGACAAGCAUUGCUACCUUAUAUGGAGAACACAUAAUCCUGCUGCAAUAUCUACCAUAUAUUCGUGAUGUGGUGAAAGCUGGUAGUAAGCAUGUAAGCCCCAGUACUGAGGCAGCUCUCAUUGCCAGCAUGGUGAUCUUCAAACAUGCAAUUCCAUAUCUGUCUGACAUAAAAAUCAUGGACAACUUACAGGAGUUGUUUACACGAGAGAUCCUACUGCCUCUCAUCAGGAUUCUAUCAUCGAUCAACCUGAGGUUUCCCAACAGCAGUCAUGCCCGAGAGGUACUCUGCCUCAAGUUCCUAGAUGUCGUUUACAUCAUCGCUAUGCGCAUCGGUUUUGAGAUGACACGACGCUAUCUCACUGCCCUCUUACAGCGCUUCUUCCUGUCAUUCGACACCAUUCACCGAGGCAAACUGCCAGGGUGUGAGAUUGAGACGACACAUCCAGAGAGCUGUGAUGUUGGCGGGGACGAUGAACUUGAUGAGGUCAUCCUGCAGCAGAUUACCGACGUUUUCUCACCACAGAUGGCACAUACGGCAUACAUUCCUUUCUGCAGGCUCGCUGGAGGAUUGCACAUGGAGCAGAAUCUGCCCAAUGAUGAACUUAUCCGGCGUCUAUGUGAGAUGCACGAUACAAACAUGACCACAGCUGGAGAGGCAUCUGAGUUUAUGGGCAAUACUCGGUCAACUCUACCCGACAGCAUGCAUGACUCAUUCAGUUCAUCGGGACAGUUUGGAAAUGCGAGCGCAUUCGGUAAGAACGUGGCAGUGUGCGGAAACCGCAUUGACCUGCAGGAGGACAGGCAGCGAGCUAAUUCACGCCAGCAAGGUCUCACAGACAUGCCUUCUGUUGAUCAUCGUCUCCUUGUCAGCACCAGUAUGGAGAACCAGCAGAGACAUCUUAGAGGCAACUGGUUGGCCUACUGGGAGCACGAAGUUGGUCGCAGCGAGAAGGACAACCGCUUUGCAUUCAAGCAGAUCAAGCUGCAGACGUUCGUCGGGCACAGCAGCAGCGUGCGUAGCAUCGUCGCCCUCGACAACGAAAACUCGUUCCUCAGUGCAAGCAAGGACCGCACCGUCAAACUGUGGUCGCUGCGCAGCCAGGGUGACGGUAGCGCAUGCACGCCAUGUCAGUGGACCUACACAGGACACCGCAAGUCAAAGUCAGUGUUUGCAGUCGCUUUCCUUGAGUCGAUGCGACUUGCUGCUUCUUGUGACGGCAGUGUGCACAUCUGGGAUCCAUUCAUGGGUUCGUGCCUGCAGCAGUAUGACAGCGCGAUGCAUGCUCCCAUCACUGCUCUGCAUGCGAUGCCGCCACCAUCACCAACAUUCAUCGUUGGUACAACCGAUGCCACACUACGAUUCAUCGACUGCCGACAGCAGCGCUACCUGCAUGAUUACAAAGUUACCACAGUACCAGCAGGCUUUAUACGUAGCAUUGCCGUCAGCCCAAACAGUAAUUGGAUUGCAGUAGGCCUUACUUCAGGUGUCAUCUCGGUAUUAGACACACGGACAGGCAUGCUACUAGGCACCUGGAAGGGACAUGAUAGUGACAUACUGCAGGUAAAAUGCUUCAACAGUAACCACUUUGUGACGACGUCACUCGACCACCACAUGUCUCUGUGGAGCGCAGACACAUGCCUGCUUGUCAGCAUGCUGUCGGGUCAGGCUGAAGCUGUGCAUUUGCUCGGAUUUUACAAGAACGACAUGAUCUCUGGUUCAACCGACAACCGAAUCGGUGUUCACAGCAACCUGACCGGGCACGGGACAUCCUACUCCAGCGUGAGGUUGCGAUCAGACGUGUUUCGCGGAAUGCUCACCGCGAUGACAGUGCUGCCACUUAACAGGCUGUUGCUCCUGGGGGCAGACAAUGGAACUAUUCGGCUGCUGUACUGAACACGAAGUAAAAAUCAUGAAUCAUGGGGUUGAAUUCUGAGAGAUUUCAGACACUAGCGGGAUGCAGUCAUGUCAUAAUAGCUGUAGUAACUGAUCGAGUUUGUAUAAAAUUUAGAUCCUGAUUUAGCAUAUAACAUUGCAGGAUGAUAUUUAGUUUCUCACAUUCUAGUGUGCGUGCGUGUAAUUAUAUGUGGCUAUUUAAUAUUUAUUGCAUAAAAUAGUGUAUUCAGCGCCACAGCCUGCAAUCAUAUGUAAUGAAGAACAUUCAUUUAUACGUGUAAAUUCAUGCAUAAUAGAUUAAGAAAUAUAAGCCAUUCUUCUAUUUUCUAGCUUAUUAAUAUAUUAUUAGUAUGAUUCAUUAUAAUGAAAUGACCAAUAUUGAAUAAUAAAAUGUUCAGGUUGGUUAUGAUUCUGUUA